AUGGGAGAAGAACGUACGAUAUAUGACGUCGGAUACGACAUUGGGCGUGGUAUCAUAUGGGGUGAUAUGGGAGAAGAAAGUACGAUAAAUGACGUCGGAUACGACAUUGGGCGUGGUUAUAGGGUCGAUUAUCAGGAAAAAAUAGCAGGUGGCCAUUUUCGGGUAUAG